AUGACGAGCCUUACACAUAGCCAUGGGCAUGCUGGCCACUCGCACCAUCACCACCACCACGACAACACUUUCCUGCUGUCCAAGAACAAGAACGAUGCUGGUGUCCGCAUCACCCGCAUUGGCCUGUAUGUCAACCUGGGCAUGGCCGUGAGUAAGGGAGUCGGCGGCUACGUCUUCAAUAGUCAGGCGCUCACCGCCGAUGCAAUCCACAGCUUAACAGAUCUUGUCAGCGACGUCAUGACGCUGGCGACUGUUGGGUGGUCACUGAAGCCCCCCUCGCAGCGAUUCCCCAGCGGUUAUGGAAAAGUAGAGAGCUUAGGCUCGUUAGGCGUGAGCGGUAUCUUGCUGGCGGGAGGCUUCAUGAUGGGCUGGUCUGCCCUGAUCACCAUCAUGCAGCAAUUCUUCCCAGAAUUCGCUGAGACGGUCGCAAAUCUGGGACUGCUGGCACAUAGUCACCACCACCACGGCGUCGAGGACCUGGGCCCGAACAUCAAUGCUGCGUGGCUGGCUGCAGGCUCUAUCUUGAUCAAAGAAUGGCUGUAUCGAGCAACCCUCAAAGUUGCCAAUGAGCGAAAAUCAACUGUCCUCGCCUCGAAUGCAUACCACCACCGUGUCGACUCUCUUACAGCCUUCGUUGCGCUUCUGCUGAUUGCCGGUUCCAAUGUUCUCAACAACGCUUCAUGGUUAGAUCCUGUCGGUGGUCUGGUGAUCUCCCUCAUGGUAGUCCAGGCCGGUUGGGGCAACACAAAGGCUGCGCUUCUCGAAUUGGCUGAUGUCGGUGUGGAGGACGAGAUGAAGGAGCACGUCACAAAGGCAGCCACCAAGGCAUUGGAGAGUAUCAACACAUCAACCGAGAAGGUUGCGGUCCGAGCGGUACAGGGCGUCAAGGCCGGCCAGAACUACCUGAUGGACGUUGAGGUCGGCGUGCCUGGUUCAUGGUCAGUCGACCAGACACGCGCUGUCGAGGACAUGCUCCGCGAGCGAAUAGGCGCGAAGGUGCGGGGCGUCAAGAAAGUCCGCGUGCGCUUUGUCACCAACAGCACAGGCGAGCCCGACUUCCUCGACGAGUUCAUUACUGGCGAUGUCACAGGGACGACCACUCCGGAGUCAGAGCAUGAGCACGAGCACGACCAUGAUCACGCCCACGAGCACAAGCACAGCCAGAGUACCGACACAGCGCAGAGGAAGAAGUGA